CAGAGACGCUCCAAAAUCACCUACAAAACUUGGCCUUACAGUCUCUCACACAUCCUCUCUCAAUCAGACAUUCAACCACCACCUAGGAACUACCCACCUACGCAUCUAAAGCCUGUCCCUCACUUCUCUUGCAAAAAUUUCUAACGUUUCCCUCUUUCAGUAAUAUUUUUAAGACUUUGUGAAAUGGGUGGGCUGCCUUUGCAAAAUGCUUCCUCUACCUUAGCUCUGCCAGGAUCCGAGCAAACUAAGGGUUCAGCAAUUACAUCAUCUGUAGCAGAAUCAAAGCCAAAAAAGAAGAUAUGCUGUGCCUGCCCUGAAACUAAGAAGCUGAGAGAUGAAUGCAUUGUGGAGCAUGGUGAAACUGCUUGUGCAAAAUGGAUUGAGGCUCAUCGUCAGUGCCUUCGAGCUGAGGGUUUUAAUGUUUGAAAUUGAUUUAGAUGGUUGAGUUGAUAAAAUGAUACCAUUUUGGGCAUAAGAUACUUGCUUUUGGAACUAUUCACAAUAGUUGAGGAAUAAAGAAAGAAAAAGGCAACUUUUCUUGACUACUUAUGUUUCAAAUUGUGCAAUUUAUUGAAAUUAUGAGGCAGUCUUAACAAUUUAAAAUAGACUGAGUGCAUAGAUGCAACCUUAA